CUCCGCCCACGCCACCUUGCCUCGCUGUCGUCUCUGAGCUUCAUUAAUAGUGGAGUUUAGUUUGCAGUGACGGGGAGCGAUGGCAGUGGAGCUGCGCUCUAGUGUGAAAUAUGGCACAGUUUUGUCUUUUAGCGUGUUUCUGCUCGCCUACUGGUUCCGCUCUCCCCAGUCUCUGCUGGAUGAAAGAUUGGGCGCUGUGUUGUCCUCUUUACUCCGAGCUGAACGGAAAGUGGGCAUGAACCACAUCUCCAGACCCAGAGUGGCCAUAGGGUUCGGGGGCUGUGUGGACAUUAUUGUGGAUGGUGUGACAUUGCUGAACAAGAUUGGACUGCAGCCAACUGAUCAGCCUCUGCACCACGACUACAUUGAGAAUGUGAAACAGCUCGCUCAGAGUUUUGCCUACUUUUUUGCUCCGGGAGCAGCUUCUGAGAGGUUGGUGGUGAACGACACACUCUUCAGUCAGCUGGUGGAGGCCUCUCGAGAGUUGCCAGGAAACCGUUGGUCAGUUGGGGGUAACGCACCAGUGAUGGCAGGCAGGAUGGCCAGUGAGGGCUGUGAUGUUUUACUUGGUGGCAGCUUCAGCACAGACUUUAAUGACUACCUCUCUGAACAUAUCACAGUGGCAGGCAACACAGUGGAGGAACCAGAUAUUCAUCUGAUCCUGGAAUAUCCCUCUGGGGCUACAUGGGGGCCGUAUACCUCCCGAAGAGCCAACAGGUACAUUGUCCACAGUGAUGACCACAACCCAUACUUGGACUCGAUGGAAGAAUUUGAGAAGAAGCUGCAGAGCUUUAAACCUGACCUGCUGGUGGUGGGAGGACUUCAGAUGAUGGACAACUUCCCAUUCAAGCAAGGAGAGCGUGAGGCUCUACUGAAUCGUCUGGCUCAGCUUCUGUCUUCAGCUUCACCUCAGACCAAUGUGCAUUUUGAAAUGGCCAGCUUUGUUGACGAGGCUCUGAUGUCUGAUCUGUUAGAGCUUGUGGUUCCUCAUGCUGACUCUCUGGGCAUGAACGAGCAGGAACUGCCCAAUCUAUUGAGCCUUUUGCGUGGCAGCACUGUGACCGUGCUCUCUGACCCCAACCCUCGUGUGGCCACCGUACUGGACCAGAUGCGAGAGCUUUACCGCAUCGUGAACCUCAGGCACAGGCAGUCUGGCCGUGGUCGAGCCCUUACCAGGCUACACGUUCACACACUGGCCUUCCAGGCAAUUAUUGUCAGGGAUGGCUCUCAGUGGAAGAACACCAUGUCAGCCACGGCCAAGGCCUCACUCACCGCCAACCGGCACGUAUGUGGCUCAGCUGACAUCGACCCCAGCAAGGCGCGCCUCAUCUUGGACGAAUCAUUCUCUGUAAGCAGGAGGGAAGGCAGUCAGAGAAUUCCCCUACAGGAAUCCCGGCCUGUCUCCUGUUGGAUUGAGGAUGAAUAUGAGAUCUGUGUGGCUCCUGUGCUUGUCUGCACUGAGGUUUAUCAGACCGCCGGGGGAGGAGACAACAUCUCUGCUGCUGGCCUCGUGCUGCAGAUAUAACAGAGGAGAAGGGAAAUGAACUCUGAAUCGCUAGUCCUAUUGUGCAAACAUCCCACAUAUAUGAAGACUUUUAUUUUAAGCUGUAGUCUUACAAAUGCACAUGAAACAUGUGUGUUUUAAUUCAGUACCAGAGCAUUUGCAUGUGUCUUGGUCCUGUCAUCUCUUAUUCAUUCACUAAAAUGCUGGAAUCUUUAAUGUGGAUUGGUUCAAAUGCCAUAUCUAUAGUCAUCAUAGUCAAGUGAUUGGAAAGGUUUUUCUAGUUUUUAGUCCUCCUUCUUAACUGAAUUUGCCACAACAUACUUAUAACCAAUGCUUUGCAUUGCCACAUACACUAUUCCACCUCUUGCAAGAAAGAGUCUUACUUCACAUCUAUUCUUUCCUCUUUUCCUUUGCUUCACAUCAUCUUAUGUCUUUUUUUUAAUCAUGUAAAUGUUUUCUUUUAUUCCUAAUUUGGUUGCAUGAAAGCAAAUGCAUUUUUGGAGAACGAAUUGUAACCAGACCUUUUCUCUUUUCUUUAUUUUUUUAAGGGCAGUUUGUGUUGAUAUUUAUUGAACUUUCACAGCAAAACCGCUCAUCUUCCAGGAACAUUUACUCCAUCUCAAGAAAUGCCUAUAAAACAGGUCACUGCAUUUAUUGGUCAACACAUGGGGAACUUUGGUUAAUGCCAAAAGUUCUAGUUUUUAAUUUGAUAGUUCGGGUUAAUUUAUAGAAAUGUAAAUUGAUCCGAGCUUGACAGGGUUUCAUGGGUCUUCGUCUUGUAGCUUCUUUCUUUCCCUGCAGAAUGAACCAAUUUUCUACCUACCUCCUGUGCCUAGAUUGCCUAUAUCUCCUCUACAUUGAAGAAUUUGUUGCUAUCUGAUCUCUAUGAAAUCUGUUAACUGAUUCCUGAAUUAAUGCAUUGAAAAGGGUGUUUGUUUUCUUGUUACCCUCCUGUAUGAGGCACAACUGAGUGGUGUUCUAGCCUGUGAGAACAAUCAGAAAUGUUUUUGGACACUUAGCUGCUGAUAGCCCAAGAAGUCUCAGGGAUUAGCCAAGCGUUGCUAUUUUGGAUUCAAGCAGCUAAGUGGCAGACUUAAUGACGUUUGUUUCAGCCUUACUAUUAUUGAGACCACAUGCUCAGAAGUAGGAAUAUUUUGUAUUGCAUGAAGUAAAAAAUGCAGUGGGAAUUCAGUUUUUGAUUUGAGUUAUAUGUAUAAUUCUAUACAUAUUUUGAUGGUCAUAAGUUAAUAAAAAAAUUUACACACAAUGAUUAUGAUGUUUAUGGAUGAAAUGUAGCAAUGUAGUAAUGAGCCGUACUUGAGUGCAAGUAUCAUAUCUGUCUGGUGUGGUAGUACCCAUGCUGCACUUUUUACCAGUUCUGUUUUUAUAUCUCUGUAACAAGUUUGAUGAAUGAAUAAUUCUGAGUUACAAGUGAAGAUGUGCUUGUGAAAAUAUGUUCUCCUUUUUAUUCUUAUAUAAUUAAAACUUGCAUCCCAUUUCUGA